UUCAAAAAUAUUGUAUAUUCAUAUUACAUACUWUAUUGUACGCUUAGGAAAAAAUAAUCCGAUAUUACAAGGUCUUAAUACAAGAACCGCGCUUAGYCCUGACGACUCUUGUUGCRUUUAGUCGUUAUKGUUGCGUAURGUUGCGUAURGUUGCGUAUGGUUGCGUAUCGUUAUUGUCAACUUUAAUUCAUUCCACGUCAAAGCAGCUGAAGAAACUAAACUUUCUACUAUCGACAUAGUUCUACAAUGUGAUAUCGAAGAAUUGGKCAAGCUGCCUGAAACUUAAGACGAGAAUUUGAAGAAAAGAAGUGAAAAUCUAUUCUCUUAUUACAGAUUCACUGCUAUACACCUUCUAGUGAAAGAAAAUCCUUCUAAGUUGUCAGGGAAGGCUUUGUGAAGCCUAUUAAAGCACUGGACGAAAACCCCUGCGAUURUUCAUUAGAUAGUCACAUUGCUCAUCAAAAUAUAAGACGUAAAAACAAGCGGAAAAUUAGAUCGACAAGACUGAUAACAGCGUCACCACUAUCGUUACAGCCAUUAGGUCGAUAACAGAGACAAAAAAAGAAGGAAAUGCAAUUGGCUUGAGGUGUUUUUACCUUAACCGCAAAUUGCUUUAAACGAUCAAUACCCUAAAACUGAUAAAGUUUAAAAAAGAUGGGCGAGUUUGAGGAUCGUUCUGCUAUACGGAAUUCUUGGAUGUCCAUUGCCAUGAUCUUCAGUAUCAUUGGGAAUGUUCUUUUGAUUAUUGUAAUAACGAGAAAUGGUCGCUUCCAUAAUGUCACCAAUGCAUACAACCUUAGCCUGUCAUUGAGCGACCUGAUCAAGGUCUUUUCUUUCAUACCGAUUUAUCUAGUAUAUGCUGAUUUGAGGACUUGGCCGUUUGGCGUGGAGGGAUGUCAGAUUUUUAGCUUGAUUUUCUACACAUCGUUUGGCGUCUCGGGGUUGAUUCUGAUGUGUUUGAGUUAUGAACGAUACCAUCUCAUCGUACUGCCGUCAAAGAAACAGAUGACUGUGCGUCAAGCCGUCUAUCUCAUAAUGGCUGCCUGCGUGUUCUCAUUUCUUAUAAGCUGCUUYUUGAUUCCAUUCCUCCAAAUAAUCCCAACCCAAUACGGCCAAAGAUGUACCAUAAAAGCCUCCAAAGACUGGCACCUAGUGAUAGUCAUCACCAUGACGAUACUAUCACAAGUCGUUCCUGGAAUGUUCUUCCUGGUCAUCCACGCUUUAACCGUGAGGAAACUAAGGCGAGACGCACAGGAAGUUGAGGUUAGGAACCAGUCCCUGGCGGCUAGGAAUCGAUUCAGGAGAAAUUCRCGUGCGAUCAGGAUUCUUGUUAUAGAGGCAGUUUCCUGGGUUAUUUGUCUUAUCCCCUUCCUGGUYUUCACUUUUGUCCAGGUAGAAAAGACAGGUGAAUCUGUGAAGCCUUUUUCAUGGGAGUUUCUCAUUACAAACUGUACGUUGGUCGCACAAACUGUUGUGAAUCCUGCACUGCAUUUUAUUCUCAUUAAAGAGUUCAGAAAUGAACUUCGUAUCAUGUGGAAUUCGAUCUUAAAGAAACUACAAGUCAACCAGGUGGAGCCGAAUCGAAAUACUGAAAAUGAAGUCACGGAAUUUGCAGGGUAAUUUAUAACCGAGAUUGCAAAGAACCAUUCUAAGUUCAGACUGGUCAUCCACAAAAAUGAAAUACUCUAUACAAUUUAGAGUAACUACGGUCUUGGAUACGUAAUGAUAUCGUUCCUUACAGUCAUGGAAUCUCUGUUCGACAAUUGCAAAUCAACUUUCGGAAGCCUUUGUGAAAUGGUGAGCGAAUAACCGGACAGUAUAUAUAUAUGUAUUGUAAACUUGAUAAUUUUCAAGAUAACCAAUAAAAUAACAAUAAGAGCA